AACCCUAGAUUUUCCGAUCUCUCUCUCCAAUUCACACAGACACACCCAUGCCUCCCCAGACACCAGAAUCCGGCCGGAUCCGUCCUGAUCACAAACAGAUGCGGCCUACUAAAAAACCACGGCUUGCAGAGGCAGAAGAAUCGGAGGCGGCAGAGGCACAAGGAUCGAAGGCGGCAGAGGCACAAGGGCAAAAGGCGGCUGAGGCACAAGUACCAGAGGCCGCUGUGGAACAAGGACCAGAGGCGGACGAUCCUGACGAAAAAUAUUGGUCGGAUUCUGAUGGUUCCGAAUCAGAGAGGUAUGGUACGUGUAUAAUUUGUUGGAAGGAUGACCACACUGUUGCAACCUGCCCCUUGACGUAUUUUGUCCCAUCCGGCGUACUUGUCAGCCCUUAUGCCGAAAUAGUCUGUUGGUGUUGUCAGGAGGACCCAGAAGUAGCCCACCCUGGUGAAAUAGUCGCACAGAGAGCUAUGGUCAAGCCUGGUGUAUAACUUGUACAAGAGGAAACUGCUGGCACCGGCAUCUCCCCCUCCCCCUUCUCCACCUACUGGAGAGGAGGGAAAGGGAUCCUCUCCGGAUCCCUUCCAUCAAAUCUCCCCCUCCCCCUUCUCUACCUACUAGAUGGGAGGGAAAGGGAGCCAGAGAUCUCUCCCUCCCCUUCUCCACCUAUUGGAGAGGAGGGAAAGGGAUCCUCUCCGGAUCCCUUCGACCAAAUCCUCCCAAUCCCUCCCAAUCACCUAAUCUGGAUCCUUCAAAUUUGAUUUAACGGCUAAAGUUAUUAUUAUAACUUUUAAACGGCCGUUGGAUCAAAUUUUAAAGGUUCGGAUUGAUUGAUUGGGUGGAUUUGGUGAAAGGGAUAUGGAGAGGAUCUUUUUCCAGAGAGCAUAUAUAUAUAAACCAUGAUGAAAACUUUGUGGGUUGUACUAGCCUUCAGCGGCCUUAGUUUGUUCGUACGUGGAGCGAUUUAAUUCGUCUCAAAUACAAGCUGUUGCCAUUAUAUAAUAACUGUGCGAAGUGGAAGGAUAUGGUCAUUUAGUUCUAAAGUUUAGUGGGAUUUCUUUUCACUAGUAAAUGAAAGGAAUUACAUCAUUUGGUUUUAAAAA